AAAAUGACUGCUUGCUCGUGGCAAUGCCGACAUUGACAACAAACUGUAUGAUGUUCUAGGCAUUGCAUAUAUUGGUGGCGUCUGCACCAGAGAGAAGGUGGGCAUGGGUGAAGACAAGGCAGGAACGUUCGUUGGAACUAGGAUAAUGACUCACGAACUGGGACAUACACUUGGUUGCCCACACGACGGAUAUCAAUACACUGGCUUUUCAUCGAAGGACUGCCCAUGGUAUGAUGGCUUCCUGAUGACAUACCUAAAGAAUAGCAGCAACAGCAUGAAAUUCUCCACCUGCUGCAACAAUGCGAUUACGCGUCUUGCACGGUCUGGCCAGGGUUGGUGCCUCCAUGAAAUGAACGCCAAGCGCAGAAUAAACAGAAUGCACGACACACACCGGCUACCCGGAGAAGUGUUAAAAAGGGAUGAGGUCUGCAAGCUCGCUUUCCCUACUGUUGAAGGCAUCCACUUUGCAACGGCGAGUUUCAUAUGUGCGGCCACGGCUGGUACGGAAGCCGCGCCCCGCCUCAGGGACAAACAAAGGUCGAAUUAG